AUGGCCUCGAAUAAUACUAUCGAUUUAGAUCGAUGCGAACAAGCGCUUUCGACAUUGGUACCGAACAGCAACAACAACAACAACAACAACGAUUUUUCCACACGUCGGUACCAACCGCGAACAUUAAAUGAACAUAAUCAGUCACGAACUAUAUUCUUACCAUACUAUCCGAAACUCGAUGGUUAUAUGCCUGAUUGGUUACUGUUGGCGAGUGUUCCACAAAGCCAACUUUCAACACAAGAGACCGCUCGACGUCAACACGGAGCAUACACAGCAGAUGCAUUGAUGAUGAUGAACAAGUACCGCUAUUCGAAUUAUGAACUAUUGCAUUUAUCGGAACAAGAUGCGAUCGAAUUAGCAACUCGUUUAAAUGUCGGCCAAUCAAUUAUUACCUUCAAUGCAACACGAAUGCGUANCCUCGAUAUACUCGAAAAAUCUGGUCAAUAUGCACAAACACAAACUAAGGGUGCCUCGAAAGGCCCGGCCAGCAGACGCACCACGGAUUUAGUAGGCAUAUCACAUAUUGAGGGUGCCACGAAAGGCCCGGUCAGUAGGCACAACACAAAUUGA